AUGAAAGCUUAUAUUAUAGACAGUAAGAUUACCAAGCUGAAGAUCGACAGCAACCCAUUUGCGAAGGGAUUCAGGGAUUCGUCGAGGCUAACCGAGUUUGAAAGGGAGACGAUGGAAUCGAUGCUGGCCGAGCAGCACCACUACUUCCGGUCCCCUUUGCGGCCGUUCGCCGAACUAGACCCGCACAACAACAACCUGACGCCUGAGGAACUCUACGGCGCCUCAGGCUCCCAUCCAGCAGCUCCCACUUUACCACCCGCCGCCCUCUGGAAUCAAUGGGCGUGUCUCGGUCCGUCAAUCCUCGCCGCCCAGCAUCAGCACCAACUGGCUGCAGCUGCGGCCGCUUCCGGUAGCCAACUCGCUGCUCCAUUGGCCCGACCGCUCGCCACGCAUCGGUAUUCACCUUAUGCCCCGCCCACCACACAACGCUCGUCCCCUGAUACAAGCCUGAGGGAGGAUGAGUCGCCAGGGAGUCCCGUCUAGUACCGCCUCUAGUCGGCGGAGCUUCAUGUAAUAUAAUGAAAGGAAGUGGGAUUCUUUUCACGCUCCGCCCAUUACGCAACGCUUUUCCCCUGAUACAAAUUCGAGGGAAGAUGAGUUACCAGGGAGUCCGCUCUAGUGGGCGGAGCAACCUGUAAUACAGUGAAACACAAUGUGUGAUUCACCAGUGUGUAAGGCUCCUUCCCUGAUAGAAACUUAAGGGAGAAUGAGUCACCUGGGUGUCCGGUCUAGCACCCCCUUUACCAGGCAGAGUUUUGUAUAGCCGCGCCCACUACGCAAUGCUCUUCCCUCAUACAAGCUUGAAGGAGGAGUCACCUGGCAGUGGUAUCUAGGAGAUGUGGCACCGCGUUUAGUAGGCGGAGUUUGGUGUAGUGUAGUGGAAUGGGGUGUGAUUACAGUAUUUUAGAAUGAUGGGGUUCUAGUAUCUGAAGUGUAAAAAUAUAUUGGGCGUAAAAGAAAAUAUGCUGCGAUCUUUCAGAACUUUUACAGGUGAACAUACCUCAUUGAGUGUAUCUCCAUUUUUACUUUGAUGGGUGGUAUACAUUUUUAAGUGUUUGAGUACAAUCAUGCCGAAGAACGUUCAGUUGAAGAACAUCGAUGUAAAAACAAAUAUGUGUUCGUGCUCUGAGAUUCUUUGCUGCAUUUUCUUGCAUUCGAAGUUUGUUUUGGCAAUUUCCACUUAUAACUCGUACACUUUAGUAAAAUAGCAGAAAAAAUCCUACCAAUAAGUAGAGGAUGUGACACUGAUUUACUUGGUAUCAUGUGUCUCUAAACUUUGCAAUAUGAGAUACGUUCAAUUUCACUAAGUGAUCAACUGCUAUUUGUUGUCGGGUUCGGCAUGUUCCAGUGAGAUAUCUUCGGCCGAACUUUUCUGAAUCUAGAAUAAUGUGUUUUUCACACAAACUAAACUUUAAUAACAAAAGCCUAUACACACGUUAAGGUUAUGUUCCACCAUUCUGAAACUGUGAUAUGUACAGCGAAACAUCUGAAAAAUGUUAUCGUUUGUCGCAGCAGAAAGAUUUUCCUCAGCUGGUGUAAUUUUUUAAUAAACAUGCUGUUUAUCAGCAUAAUGUACAUCCGCAAGAAAAUUUGUAUAGGUUUUUAUUCAAUGAGUAAUGGAAAUGAGAUUAGUACAUUGAAUUACAUAUUCUAUUUGUCCAACUUGGUAUUAUCUAAAACAAAACUCUCGACUCAUUCUUUGGCAAACGUAUGCCAUCUUGUAUAAAAUAACCUAAUGCUGUACAUAUUUCAAAGAAGUGCUGCAGCAAGUUCUGUUGUAAUACAAAUAAAAUAUAUUGUAACAUUACUUUGGUUUGUUGAUUAUGAUGCAAAUUUCGAGUGACCUGUUGCAAUAGUGAAUUUUUUAACUGUUAUACUGUAAAUAUUCAAAAUAUUCGAAGAGAGCUUGUUAUGUAGGUAAUUAUGAAAGCUUAGGUUAUUGCUUGAGCAAGCGACACUUGGAUUGAUGUCAAUAUCUUCAGCAAUUAGUUUGAGAACUUAUGAUAAUAAAGAGCUGCUAUACAUUCAUCAACAGGUGGAGGCUACAGCAGAGCCACUACUGAUCGCGCAAAUUGCGGGACAUUUUUCAUGUAUUUUAUAUAAUACAAGGCAAGGCCGACAUGUAACUGGUUUGUAUCUGGAAUAUUUGAAAAAUACGUCCACUUUUUUCACUUUAAUCUUUUAUUGAAAUUAUGUAUAAAAAAUAAUAUCAGACAAAUGUCCAGCUCUAGAAGCCGCACAAACCUCACAUUUUCCAUCAGUUUUUGGUAGGUUUGGGGAGGAGUAUAUUCAACCGCUUCCGGAAUAUUAUUUUUCAGCUGCUCUACAGUAUUGGGUUUGUUGACAUAAGCCCUAUUUCUCAAAAAUGUCUAUUAGCAAAGUCAGGAGCCGUUAAAUCCGGUGACCUUGGUGGCCAGUUGGCAUCAUCAAAUCGAGAAAUAAACGUCCCGGAAAUAUUGUUCGCAAAAGAUUCAUCAUUUCCCUAGUUGUAUGACAAGUUGCUCAGUCCUGCUGGAACCACAUGUUUUGUAGGAUUUGAGGAGAAGGUAAGUUUUGCACCAUAUCACGGUAGUGCUCGCCAGUGACAGUAAAAGAAUUAUCUGCAGCAUCUUCAAAGAAGUCAGGUCUCCAAUCACACCUCCAUACGAAACACCGCAACCAACUGUCACUCGACAAGGAUGUAGUGGUCGUUGAUGGAUGACACGAGGGUUCUGUAAUGUCUAGAUACGACAAUUCCGCUUAUUAACAAAUAUAUCAGUCAGUUAUAUAUUGAUCACCCUAUAAAUAAGAAAAUGGGCGCCCAAAUGGCCACUUCAAGGUCAUUGCAAUGACAGUUUCUAAAGAAGUCGGAUUGAGUAGAACCACGCGUAACUUUUUGUUUUUGUCAGUACCUCAAGGUUCACAAACACCAUUAACCCUAAUUCGACCAAAGGGCCGAACCUUAUUAAAAACUUUCCUGUGUAAUAGUAACAAAAAAGAUGACAUCAGGUACGUUGACUCUGCACGUCAUCAGUUCAUAAAGUAGUACGGAUAGAUUAGUCAGCCGGACCGGUUCGCCGGGCGGAAAGCUUAUACAGGGUGACUUUGAAGUUGAGUCAUUAAUUUUCAGAUAAUGAUUGUAGAAGGAAGAUAAACCAAAAUAUGUGUGUAAAAAUUAAAAAAAAAAUGUUACCUUGUUUUAUAAAGUAUCCUCCAGACAAGUAUUUCAGUGCGUACCUGUAUUGGAUCGUGCGGUCUUGGAGCACCGGCAUGCCCUCCCCUGUGAGGUUGAGGUCUUAAGUUACCUGAUUCACGAGCCCUUUGUACUACAUUAACAAAGGCACGAGGGGUUGGUUGCACUUGAUUUUGAAACCGAUCCGCAUAAAUCCGUCAUGCAGCGGCAGCAUUUUGUAAAGACUCCCCCCCUCCCCGUAAAUAAGAAUCAUGUCCACAAGUUCAGCAUUUUCGUAAACAUGUCCAAUUUUUUAUUUCGUCUGAGCCACGCAACAAACACCACUAUUCACUCACGCGUUACCGACUGACACAUUGACUGAAUACAACUGAAUAAAAUUGUAGUAAAAACAUCGUGAUAAGCGUUUCAAAUUCUUUCGCUUUUUUGUUUCCGAUGCGAUGAACCGAUAAGGCGGAUUAUAUCCGUUGUUGCCAAACACGAGCACAUAAUAUUGUUAUUGAGACAGGGCGGUACUCAAACUUCUAAAGGGCUAUAACUUUGUUACUUUAAUUUUACCAGAAAAAUGUUAAAGGAAAAAACAUUUCUUUUGAUCAGAUCUACUCACUGUUAAAAUAAAUAACUCAACUUCGAAGUAUAGGAGCCGUACGCCGACCGAAAACAUUUUUCUAUCAUUCCUAGUUUUAAAGGCAAAGUACGGGGAAAUCUAGGCUGUGUCAAAUAUGGUUAAAAAGUACAUACAUACAUACAUACAUACAAAGUAAGCAAAGCUCUCCUCUUUUUAAUUAUACCGCUUUAGCCCUUCAAGGAUAAACAAACCUAUUCACAGUCUUAUAAACAAGAAUCGUAAAAGGUGUUGCCAGGAUUGUUGAUAUUUUUUUCAGUAAAGGAAUGGAAUAUAGAAUUUCACAACUUUCCUAUGUGUCAUAACGUUAAGUUUCGCUUGUUUUAAUGAUAUUUGUUUAUUCUUGAGCCACCGCGCAAGGCUGAAGCCUAAAAGCCUUCCCUUGGAAGAAGUAAAACAGACUCCAUCUUCCUUUCACAGAAAAAAAUUUACAGGCUGAAUAAGAUACAUCAUUUCAUGUUUUGCAGCAAAUAUCAGUACGGUUUAGGUAUUUUUUAUACUUGAGUCACCAUGCAGACCUAAAAGCCGUUUUACACACAAGAGAAUUACUCCGAAAAUUAUGGUCAUAAUUAUGCCGAAAAUGUUUGCUGUCGUAUUACACAUAAAAUAAUUCUUGUGAAAAUUUUCAUGGUAAAAAUAUAAAACCCGUUCUAUAGAAUAUGCGCGAGAAUCGGCGCAGAGUGUUAUUUUCGUGCAUGUCAAUAUCAAAUGUCAACGUCAACAACAUAACAUCACUUAAAAUUUAUGGCUGUGGCCCUGUUCGAGUCGUACGAAGAAGCGUUCAUUGUUAUUGUUCAUUCAUAAUGUCGUGGAAUCGAGAACAAGUUACACUGUUGUUGGAGGAGUACCAAAAAUGGCCAAACCUGUACAAGGUGAAGUCACCCAAUUACAAAAACAGAAAUUUGCAGCGUCAGGCGCUGGAUGCGAUAGUCCAAGCAUUGAGAAGUUUUAUAUUAACCAAGAUCUCGAUUACAAAAAUAAAAUCAACGACGUCUGUUGUCUUUCCGAUUAUAUUGGACGUCAUACCCGUUAAGGUUAUGUCCAUUCGAAAAUAUUACUCUAAUGGGCAGGCGUUUCAUAUGAAUUACUCCGAAAUUUUGUUUGCUUGUGCCAUACAGGUUGUAGAGAAAAUCUUCAAUAUUUUUUCCAUGCGAAUUUUCGGCAUAAUUAUGACCAUAAUUUUCGGAGUAAUUCUCUUGUGUGUAAAACGGCUCUAAGACCGAAAUAUCCAUGGGUACCAUAUGGCUAUAGAGGGACACAGGGUAAAGGGGAGGAACGUCGCAUGUCAGCGAGGGAAUUCAUUUAUGUGCAUGAAACACGCUUACAUUCUGCCCUUACGAAAAAUCACAACAUCCACAGCCAACAGAUUUUUUUUCUUGGAACGAAAUUCAAACCCUCAUCGCUCCCGGCGACUAGGUUAGUAGACGCCGUGAACUUUUUUCUGACACUACAACUGUUAGACAGGAACUGAACAUCCUUGCAAUAGUUUUUGUAUAUUUUCUCGGUGUAUCUAUUUAUAUACACCAGAUACUUAUCGUUAAGAUUCAUUCCGUAUUUCAACACUAUCUACCAUUAGGAGAUGUGUGACUGUAAUUUAUUUUCAGUUUUUGACGAACUUCCUUUACAACAACGGGCGACGAAAGAUACGAUUGGUCUGAUGUUUGCACCAAAUAGACAGGACCGUACUUGAUCUGCUUUAUAAAACACACAAUAUAAGUGUAAUACUGCAAGAGAGCUUUUUUAGUCAACCUACUUGAAAACAAUUGGCGGUAGAGGAUUAAUCUAAUGAUUUUACUAAAAUGCACAGGACCGUAAUAGAUUUUUUAUAAUAAACACAAUGGUAGCAUAAUAGGGAUAGGUAAAGGGGUUUUUUAUAGCAUCGAGUGACGAUUGGUCUGUUGUAACUUUGCACAAAACAAACAGAACUGCACUAGGGUUUUUAUAAGACUUUUAUACACGGUGUAAGUCAACGAACAGAUAUAGCUAAUCCUCAUAGGUAUUGAUUUAGAAUCCUUUCUAGUUAACGGACUUUCGAUUUUGCUACAAACUUAGGGAUUAGAUGAUACAAUGCUACCUAUUUUUUAGGACGGGUAAAAGUAAAAAUUCGGGAUGGUAAAAUUUGCGCAUAAAUACUAUAUUUUAAUGUAAAAAUAUCGGUCAAAUAGAAUGGUGGUCGUGUGAUAUCAUUUUGAAGCCCACUAUAAGAUUGAUAUGGAAAAUAUUGCGAGCGCUUUGAUGUUUAGUUGUUGAGUUCUGAGUGAGGGUAAUGACCAAAAAGGCUCAACUUUGACACAUAACCAUUUUAAGUUUAAAAAAAAAUCCCUGCCAAAUUGAAGUUCUACUAGUAUCCGUAUAUCAAAUUCUUUUCGAUUUUCAACUUCCUAGCUUAACCCAUCCAAAAUAAAGGCUUGUAAAAGUAAAUGAUGGGACAUUAAUAAAGACAAACACUAUCUAUAUACUGGCAUACAUGGUUCAUUCAAAUAAAAAAACUGACAACUCCGUUAAUACCCCACAGCUUGUUUUAUUUCACAUCAAAUUAUUGCAAAAAAAAAAAUAAUCGUACUUUUCUGAUGUACAGAAAAUGUUUGAGUCCUGCCUAUGUUUAACAACUCAACAGAUACAACACAGGAAAAUCGGAUUUAGAAAUGAAAAAUGCCCCAACUCUAAAAAUAUAUCCUCAACCUGAGAACUUAUUAACCUUGCUAGAAGAUCCAUUGUUGAAGUUUCUAAAAAUAUUUGACCACAUUUUUUCCUCUUACAUAUAAAUAGAGAUGAUACGAUGUUUGGCCUCAUUAGCAAAUGAUAAAUUCUCAACUAAUUGCUGUCCUACUAGGGCGUAUCCGGUAUUUUAUUUCAACUUUUUUUGCUUUAAAGAGAAGUGUAUACAGGACCGUCAUUAUUUUAUGGUCUUUAUUACCCCAUCAAAAUAUACCCCGUGGUUGUAUAUUUGGUCUAUGUCCAUAUAAUUUUGGCCGAUAAAUGGCUAGGUAGCUGAAACGUCAAUAAAGUACCUUCCAACUUCUGUGGGUUCAUUUAUCAACAAAACAAUAUGGAUACUUUGUGGUUCGUAACAUAAGAUGAAAAUUGGGAGCUUAAAAGGUAUUUUCCUGGUUUAGUAUACACUUUUCUAAUGUUUAAAACCGAGAAUUGUAAAUAGAUCGGUUAAAGGUACAGUUCUGUAUUAAAUAUUUAAUAUAUAAUGUGUAAGACACACCUAACAUGUAUUUAAUUUUAUUUAUGUAUAUUACUG